GAAGCGUUUUGGGAAAAAAAAAUUAAUUUAGUUUUCCCCCCGUACCCCCACUGGCACAAAACAACGUUUAAGACAAGACCAAUCGCACAAGAAACAAUAAUUAUAUAUAAAAAACCCAAUUUCAAAUUCACAAUCACAAUCAGUGAUCUUGCCUCAGUUCAGUAAUUGUGUUGCUGAGCUGAACAUCUUCUGUAUCAAUUGAGGGUUUCGCCUUCGCUCAUUGUAAUCAUCUUCACCUGUUUUAAUUGAAAAUGCUGGUUUAGCAAUGGGUAAAAAGAUCACAGCGGAUCGUAAUAACCACUGUUUGAGUCAAAGGCUGAGUCAGGUGUCCCUGCUUUCUCUAUCUCAAGAUGAGGGCACCUCGCUAUCACUUUCUGAUGCAGAAGACAUUAUAAUGAAAGAUACAGACACAGAUGCAGGCGCAGACAUAUGCACGGAGGAAGUGACUUCGACUAACAUUUUUGAUGAGUGUGAUAGCAGUGGUCUUCUCAGCCAAGAAGUUUUCGACAUUUUGCUCGUGCUCUAGUUCUCAAGACUAUGUUACACCAGUUGAAAAGGCAGUUGCGAUGGAUUUUGAUAGCAAAAAGGAAAACGUUGCUUGUCCAACACCUCCCAUCAAGUCAACUACUGGUCGAAGUAAAAGGCACAGGCCAGUGAGCUUUUUGAAUGGUACAUCUGAUAACGUUACAUCUUGCUUUGAUCAACUAGCAACACUGAGGGAAGGCUCUGGUUCAGAUUGUUUAAAAACUCCAACAGAAACUGCGAUUGGUCCAAAAAACUAUGUUUCAAAAUCAGCAUUGACCCUACGGAACCGUGCUAGGUCACCACCUUGUGUCAAGAAUCCCUAUAUGCUUGAAAAUGAAGAGUUAAACGAAAGGCUUCAAAGAAGUUAUCGUCGAUCUCCAGCAUGUGGAGUUCGUGUUGAUAAUCAAAGCUUUUUGUCCCGGUAUCAUGCGGAUUUUCAUGAGCUGAAGGAAAUUGGUCGAGGAAAUUUCAGCCGUGUUUACAAAGCAUUGCAUAGAAUUGAUGGCUGCUGCUAUGCAGUAAAACGUUCAGCACGCAAGUUGCAACUUGAAAGUGCACGGGAAGAGGCACUCCUGGAAGUUCAAGUGCUAGCAGCAUUAGGUCCUCACAAAAAUAUUGUGGGAUAUCGCACUGCCUGGUUUGAGAAUGAUAUUCUUUACAUUCAAAUGGAGCUAUGUGACCAGAGUCUGGCAAAUGCCAUUGAGAACGGGCUUCUAAAAUCAGAUGUGGACUUUCUUGAUGCAAUGUAUCAGAUUGCUCAGGCACUGGAAUUUAUUCAUGACCGCGGAGUGGUACAUCUAGAUCUGAAGCCCGAAAACAUUUAUGUCUGUGGUGGUACUUACAAGCUUGGAGAUUUUGGUCGUGCAAGACUUCUUGAUGGGACCCUCCAGAUUGAAGAAGGCGAUGCACGAUAUAUUCCCCAUGAAAUCAUGAACGGUAAUUAUGAACAUCUUGACAAGGCGGACAUGUUCUCACUGGGUGUCACUUUUUAUGAACUUGUAAAGAGAAAGCAAACUCCUGAUUCUGAAAGAGCAUUCGACAGGAGCAAAGAAAUCAAAAUUCCACUUCUUCCUGGUUUUUCAGUUUAUUUUCAAAAACUGCUACAGGCUUUGGUGGAUAACAAUCCAGUAAAAAGGCCUUCUGCAAAAGAUUUGCUAAAAAAUCCAGUUUUUGACAAGCUUCAAAGAUUGAAGGAAAUGUAACACCAGAUUAAGCGAUGAAUUUUCAACCUCUGGAAAUAUCAGGCGAUUCUGCAGCACGUACUUUUUGAGUGAUAUUCAGUAUGAGAAAAUUGUGGAAAUUUAGCUCAUUUUAUGGGAGCGAGCGGACUUCAAUCCUGUGCGGACAUAGGGUGCAUUCGAAGGUUUUUUUUGCUGCAGAGUUAUUCUCUGAAUGAUUUAUCAAGUUAAAGCAGUCUGCAUAGGAUUUGCUGACUGCAGGAUCUCUGUGCUAUCUCACAAAUGUAAGGCAUCCUUUAUAAAUUACAAGUGGACCUGAAGACAUCUAAAUUAUCUUGUAAUAUCUGAUCUAGUGGAACUUGAUUUUGGAAACUGUUUCAUCCCUUUUGAGCAUGUGUCAAAAGUCUAUUUUGGCAUUGUAAAUCAUCUUUUUGCAAGCUGUAUGUAAGCUCGAGUCAAAUCAAUGGAGAAUCUUAUUCACUGCAUUGCUCUUCAGUGGACUAAAAUGGGUGUACUCAUAAGGUGACAGAAUGGAUAGAUGGAUGAGAUAUUCUGAGUUAUUUUUUCUUUGGGCCAGGUGUAGCACAAGUGAUGGGUUUAACGUAAUGACAUAAAUCAAGUAACACCUUUAUUGUAGCAAUCUAACAUGCUGAAUUUGCUGUGUUCUUACGAAACGGCAGAGGAUGAACUCACUGUGUAGGUGAUGCUUCCCAGUAGAGAAGCCCUAGAUGCUUCCAAUGAACAGAAAUACCAGACUUGGAUUUGUAUCGAUUUCAACACAGUCAAAGCCACAUCAUCUUCUAGUAUAAUGAGCAAAUUAUAAUCCUUGUAGUACAUAAUGAAAGCUAGAUGCACUUUGAGGGCUUUCUUGCAUCCAUGGAUGUAUCUAUAGGCUAGGAAGAGUCGACCAAUAAAUUUUUUGUAUCAUUUGUAUUAGCGACAGGUUAUGAUAUAAGGGACACAGGAGACUUCAAUCCA